UCAUUGCAGAUCUAUCGUUGCCUUUUGCUCCUCGGCGCAGUGUCCUCGGGGAACGUCGCGGGCGACAGAUUAGAAUCGCACCGGGACACGGUCGUGGUGAAUUUCCAUCGCAGAUACAAUGUCUCCAAAGUAGCGAUACUCCGCAACGAGGCUUAUCUGCCCCCGGCGAGCGUGCCGGAUCCCGCACUGCCGGAAGUGAUCGAUAACAGAGCGCGAAACGUGGUAGCGGCGACGAACGAGACCAGAAACUACCCCAGCGUGUUGUAUCUUCCCGAGCGGGAUUUCUUGCGAGCUCUCACGCGCAAAGGCUCGCAGGACGUGAGAUAUCCGCAGUAUCCUCAUCACCGUCGACCCGGCCCUCCGCAAGGCAAACACUCUCGGCAAACCACAACGCGGUCUCCUCUUCUUCCUCCCCCUCCCCCUUCCGCCCCUACACCACCUGUCGUCGCCGCUGGAGCACCGCUGUCGACCCCGGCGAAUCGCAUCAGCAUAGAAGAGAUGUCCUGCCAGGACGCAGGGGACGAGUUAUUCUUCAGAGCAUCCGUCAAAAUAGCGAAGAGCUCGGCUCCGCCGGUAGUAGACAACGUGAUGGGUGAAGCCUGCCAUGCGAUAGCAGCCGGGGACUCUUAUCGCAUUAAUUUGGAGAGGGAUCAGUUCUGGGACUGCGGAGUCGUUGAUUGUUCCACGGACGGCGAGCAAUCUUACUGCCUCGACCUAAGAUUCCCCCUGAUCUCCGGGCUGCGAUUGAAGGACGACUACAGGGUGACGCUGCGAUGUAAGACUCAAGAUAGAGUCGCGUAUCGCACGAAGCGGAUCAACGUGAAGACCUUGGAAGCGAAGGCGAGGAACGUACCGAACGUAUUGGACGGCGGCUUCAAGAACGUGGCCUUGGACGUUGAUGUGGGGCUCUUCAGGAAGACCCACGGCUCGGACAACAUCUUUGACACGAGGAUACAGCCGGGCGGCACGGUCGUCCUCGGCGAGGACAUUCUGCUGCGCGUGUUGGUCAACGCUGACGACGGUUGGAAGUACUCGAGGAUGGGCCAAGUGACGGUGCAUUACGUGGAGGUGAGGCAGCAGCAGAACGUCGUCAACAGCCUGUGGAUCCUCGACAAGGACGGCUGCCUAAACGCGGACGUGCGCGAGAUCUGCCCGCGGGAACAAUACGCGGCGUCGCCGUUGGAAAGCUACUUGCUGUUCCAAGCGUUCAUGUUCGAGGGCAUGAAGGAGACCGACGAGAUUUUCUUGACGGUGAGGGCCACAGCGUGCCUGGAGCUCGCGGACUGCAGCCUCGAUUGUCCCGCUGGCCACGUCAGGCGCGCCAGGAGGAGCGCUACGGAUCGGAACAACACGCUCGAGUGGCGGGACGAUAUAGCCCUGCGAGUGGUCUUGCCGAAGUACGGCUGGCGAGCCCCGCAGAGUUAUUAUUUGGGGUUCUUCUUGGCGGCCUGCGUCUUGCUCGCGCUCACGAUCGCGUCGCUCUGGCUCAUCAAAGUUUCGUCUCGCCAGAGGACAACGAGAACCUGAGUACUCUUAACAUGCUCCAGCUACUUGCAUCGAGGUCGGGGUGGUUGCUUUUCUCAAACAGCUCUCGGCCCGUUCGAGGAAGCAGCUCCUCCAGAGAUCAGAAGAGAAUCGCGUGCGAAAUUAUACAGGGUGUCCGGGAUCUUUUGGAGACGAAAAAUUGUGAAGAUUAAUCGGAUGAAACUGAGAAGAAAAGUCAAGUACCAUCUUGCAAAAAUCACGAUAAAUAUUAGUGAUUGAAAAUUACUACAUCUAGAGGAUCUUUUAAUAUCGAUAACUUGAAAAUUUGCGUACCUAUUUGCAAAAUGGUACACGACUUUUCUUCUUAGUUUGAUCAGUUUAAUCCUCGCAAUUUCUCGUCUCCAAAAAAUCCCGGACACUCUGUAUACGUACGCGUAAAUUAGGGUG